AUGGAAGAAUCGGAAGAAAUGGAUGAUAAGGAGGAGGUAGAGAGAUCUCGACAGAUUCGUUCUAAUGAGGCACUAUCUGCACAAACGCAAAUGAUCAAUAGCUUUAGCGCAUACACUUCCUGGGGAAACGUGGCUGAAGCUGAGGAGGAUGACUUUUAUGCAGACCGUCUCCUCGAAAGGUUUGAACUGCACGCAAUCGACCAUUCUGUUGCCGAUCAGAUUCCAACUCCUCCGCCAACUCCUCUACAAUCACCUCUCGAUCAAACAGAGAACUCAGUCAACCCCGGCAUAAACGGUGAUCAACAGGCAGAUGAAGCCAGCACUGCGAGCGUCCAUGAAGAAUGGAACGGCAACAGCUCUGAAACGCUGCAUGGAGCACAACCUGUCCCGGCCCUCACACUAACCGCGGCACCUGCGACGUCAAGUUCUCCGAUUCGUGCCCUGACACAGCUUGGGGCAGGGCGAGGUGUCAUUGUGCACGGCAGACGAGAACCGCAAACUGGUGGCCAGGCUGAAUACAGCAUCACCGUAAUUGACACCCCUUGGAUGAGAGAUGCCGACUCAGAACUUACCCAAUGGCACCUGCCAAAUGGCGUCGAGGACCAUGAGGUUGACGAGAGCGACUACCCGGCAGGGCAAGACGCAGACUGGGUUUACUUGUCAUCAUGA